AGACAGCGAACACUUAAACUAGUUGUUGCCCUUUUAGCUCUCUCAUCUUUGCCGUCUCACGCACAAACCCUAAAAAGCGCUUCUCCUCGGCACUUUCAAUGACGAAGAAACGCAACCCUUUAGAAAACCCACCAGCUGCUUCUUCCAGCGACGACGACGACGACGAAGCCGACUCUUCCGCUGGAGAAGAAGAAGAAGAAGUUAAUGAUUCUUCAUCAGAGGAAGAAGAAGAAGAAGACCAACCCAAUCCUCCUUCCUCCUCCGCCGUCACAAUCGCCAUCCCUGGUAAAACCACCUCAGCCUCCGAUUCAGUUUCUGGAUCCGAAACCGAGACCGAUUCCGAAUCCGAUACCAAGAAGGACAAGUCUCCGCCGCCGGCAACCAAAUCGGGAACGAAGCGGCCCAGCGAAGGGACUUCGAAGGAAGCGAACUCAAAGCGAGCGAAGAUCGGCGAAGACUCGAAGAAGCCUGCUGCUUUUCAGAGACUGUGGACCGAGGACGACGAGAUCGCUGUCUUACAAGGCAUGAUCGAUUUCAAGAAGGAUACGGGGAACUCUCCUUACGACGACACCAACGCUUACUACGAUUACAUCAAGAAAUCAAUUAGCUUUGAGGUUAGUAAGAACCAGUUCAUGGAUAAGCUUAGGAGUUUGAAGAAGAAGUAUAUGGGCAAAGAGAAGCCUUCUUUCACCAAGCCUCAUGACCAGAAGUCUUAUAGAUUGUGUAAGUCUAUAUGGGGACCUGAGGGGAUGGUUCUUGAGUCCAACGGCAAGAAGACCAAGAAGGUUGGCUCUGUGAAGCAGCAAGAGCUCUCUUUUGCUUCUUCUCCCAAUGGUAAAACGGUUGAUGAUGGUGGUGACAUGUAUGAUUGGUUUGAGAAGUCGUUUCUUGUGCGAGGGAUUGCGGGUUUCGGUGUCGAUGAGAGUUAUGUGAAACAGAGAUGGAGGUUGGUCCCGGUGGAGACUAAGAGGAAAGUUGAAGAGAAGGUUAAGAUGUUGCAGGCCAAGGAGAUUGAGUUUGUGUUGCAGAAGACUGAGAUUUUGCAUGAAGUCACCUCUUUGAUUGCUGAAGCAUCUAAGAACAAGCCAUUAGAAUGAUUGAUUUGAUCUACGGUUUCAAUGCCAAUUGUCUAUGCCUCUCUAUUGUUUUUUCAACUUAGGAUUUUUACUUUUUCUUCUUUUAUGAUCUACUUACUGUGUAAUUUUUCUGGUUCAUUUAGAUGGCUUUCUCUCAUAUGAAACUCUCUUAUAUUGGAUUU